CCUUGAGGGUGAAAACAUGGCAACCCAGUGUCGUCACCACUGUAAGUUGGUAGAGCGGGAAAUGAAUGUUUACGGUUAAACGUCGACGUUAAAACUCUGAAACUGGGACGAACAGUUACAAAUGUUAAGGAUAAUGGUUAACGCUCGUCAUUAAAUGAUAAAAUACAGCUGCCGAAGCGCUGAAUUUACGUCAAAUUGGACGAAUGGAUGUAACUUAAGCAAAGGAAGCUAGCCAACGAACGGGGUCAACUGAGGACAGUGACUGGGGUAUGUCGUCUCACAACAGAGCGCAAAGAAAUGCUUUUUGUUCCUUAAAGGAGAACAUAAUGAGGCCCAAACCCACACAGAGGAAAACUGGACCAAAUUGUAAAGGAAAAGGUAGCAAAAAUGGCGAGAAGACGUCACAAAAGUCCCAUUUGGCGCAGCUUAAACCUUUUGCUGGGAAAGUGUUUUACCUGGACCUGCCAUCCAACAAAACAACAGAGUCAUUGGAGCGAGACAUUCAGCGCCUCGGAGGGAGUGUUGAGAAGUUCUUCAGCAAAGAAAUCAAGUAUCUCGUAACCAACAAGAGGGAGGCGAGAUACAUUCAAUGCCUCAAGCGUGACUCUCCGGUCCCGAGCCCGCAAUCUGGACACAGUUCACCCUUCCCUGGCCCAAAUCCGCUCCAGCCGCUGCACGGCAGUGACCACACAAAGAGCAGGUCUACGGGUCAAAUAGAAACGGUUGUCACAAGUCGUGGAAAGUGUUUAGCGGAGAGGGCAGUGAAGGAAAAGGAAAGAGUGCAGAUCCACAAGAUCCUGUCAAAUGCUCUGGAAUGGGGUGUGAAAAUCCUCUACUUGAAUGAUGUGAUGGCGUAUGUUGAGAAGAAGAAAAAGAUCCUCGCAAGCCACUGCCCUGCAGCCACAACAAAUGUCAAAGCCGAGUCAACAGCAAAGCACACCCAUCGGAAACACAAAGGAGGACGCAUCCACAAACCUUUCAUCAAGGUUGAAGAUUCCAGCAGACAUUACUGUCCGAUAUACCUCACCAUGCCAAAUAUGGCCGACUUAAACCUGAAGACGCUUCCCCCUCGGAGUCCCUUCUUAUUUAACGGUGAAGACCCUGCAGUGGGCAAACAGCAAGGGAACAGAAGUGGCAAAGCCUCGACCCCUGAAGAACAAGCCGCUGGGCGGAAGAAGAACAAGGACAAGAAACGAGGCGGCUACUGCGAGUGCUGCGCUGCCAGAUACGAAAACCUGACUACACACCUGCAGAGUGAACGUCACAAGGCUUUCUCCAAGAGCGAUGCGUAUCAAGUGGUGGAUCGACUCCUUUCCAAUCUACACUGCAGCUUCACUCGCGUCAGCGCGCUUGUUAAAAGACCAAGGUGGAUUCUUUCUACCGCUCUGGUUUCCCCUGGAACAUUUGGAAGAACUGAGCUCGGCAGCAAGCGAGACCAUGACUCCACGAGGAGUAUUAAAGACGAGCCGCACGCUCCUGUUGACGGCACAGAAGAACCUUUUUCACAACACGCUUUAAAAAUGUCUCCAGCUCGUCUGAUUCACGGCAGGAAGUGGCUUUCUGCGUCACGCAAGUCAAAACUCCAAUCUGUGUGCAGACAGAAUCUGUUCACUUCCUGCCCUCCAAAGUCGGCAGAGAAUGCAGAAACUCUGCCCUCUAGCGGUGAGCGUGUGACCCACAGUGCCCUGUUAUUCCCUCAGGUCAGCCUUGAUGUGCAAGUAUCUCACACGGACACGCACAGCCUGACAACACCUGCCCAUCAAGAUCCGCGCAGUGUGUCAUACUUGGGGCGCCCCGACGUUAUCACAAAUCAACCAGAUGAGGCUAACAUCAACACAGAGUCGCCCGGGAAAGCCAGCAGAGGCGUUUCGGAGCGAGAUCCUCCUUCACAGACUCGAACUUCUCCCGCCAGGAGAGUAAAGAGGAAGGUCAAAGCUUAUAAACGCAAAAGACGGAAACUAGACCCAAAGGCGACAUGUCAAGAGCAUGACCCUUGCGACGAUUCCCUGCUGACGCUGCGGCAACUUUUUUGCUCCAGUGACGACACACACGUGGAAUUCCUGGGAUUCGAAGACCAGAUGGGAAUUAUGGAAUGAAAUGGAUUGUAAGAGGUUGUUUUCCCUUGCUGUACCAACAAGGAAUGGGGGUUCUUUCACUCACACACAGAGAUCCCGGAAAAUAGAUGCAUCACAGCCGCAAUGCUAGUUAUUUAUCCGCAGGUGCCUUUUAUACAGAACACCCAAACAGCUCGGUCCUGGCAUUGUGCAAUACCCUGACACACAGACGGUGUCCUGUCCCACACACACUCAUUCAUUUUCUUCCGCUUAUC